AUAAAAGUCAUUUGCAACAGGAAAUUCCUACAUGUGCUAAAAAUAAUAUUCUCCUAUCUUAGAGAUAGGCUUAAUUUUUAACCAAUAAUGGCUUUAACAUUGUCAAAAAAUGGUGCAACACUUUUGUUUCUAAUACAGCAUUUUAAUUUUAACCUGGUUAUUCUCAUAGUGUUGAAAUAUGUCUGUGGAAACUGUCCUCACGUUCAUGAGGACAUUAUUACUCAUGAAUUCCUUUCUUUUCCACUAAUUUAGUGCUUUACAUGUUUUCCAAUCAGUAUUAUUGUGCUAUUAUUGUAAAUAAAAAAACAUUUAUUCUAUCAUGAAACACUUAUUUCAAGCUCUGUGGAAGUUAGUACCAGAUUUUACAUUAUUCAACUGCAAAUGAGGAGUAUCCCUCACCCUGCACCCCACCCGGUGUCACUGUACUAGCAAUGUCGUCAACACAUGACACACACUCUUGAUCAAGACCUUCAGGGCAGUUUCAUCCACAUUGUAGCUGACACUACUCAGCUGCAGACAUGAGCAACCAAGGCGUGACUUAUGCGGAACUCCAUCAUGCUAAGGGCUCAAAAAGACAGCAAGUGCAACCUAAGGGCACGAAAAGUUCCAUUCCAGUAACUGAGGAGGAGAUAACCUAUGCAGAAUUGAAUCUUCAAAAUGCUUCUCGGGACCUUCAAGGGAAUGGCAAGAACUCUCCCUGCAAAGGUCCAGAGAAGCUCAUUGCCAGUAUCUUGGGAAUCCUCUGCCUCAUCUUGAUGUCCACUGUGGUAACAAUAGCUGUUAUCCCCUCUACUGAAGGACCAGAGCAGAACAAAACAUCCCUGGAAACAAGGAUCCACAAAGCGUGUCUCUGUUGUCAUUGUCUGAAAGAGUGGGUUACAUAUUCCAACAAUUGCUAUUACAUUAGCACUGAGGGAAAAUCAUGGAAUGAGAGUUUGACGUCUUGUGCUUCUAAGAAUUCUACCCUGCUCUACUAUGAUGAUGAAGAGGACGAGUUUUUGUCGAAAUUACUCUCUUAUACUAUAUGGAUUAGAGGCUCCCAGAAAAGCCAUCAUAGUUCAUCUGUGCAGCCAAAAGCCUUAACAUUUUCUUCCAAAGUGUUGUCAGUAUCUUCAGAGAGUGACAAGAAAUGUCCAUAUUUCCCUUUUUAUUUUAAAAAAAUUGGUUUUGCACCUUGCUUUGGAAUAAGACUGUAUGUUUGUAAGCACCAGGCAUUUUAGUUGCUUCAGUUUGGCAUAAUGCUAUUUCAUCAUUUAUAAAGAAUACAUCUCUCAUUACUUCAAAAACCAUCCAAUCCUUUUCUCUGCAUAUUUUUAAGAGAUGGUUUUUAGUAUAAUUUUAGGUUCACAACAAGAUUAAGAGGAAGGUACAGAGAUUUCCUAUAUUGUCCCUGUCUGCACAUAUCCAUGGACUCUCCCAUUAUCACCAUCACUCACUAGAAUGUUUCAUUUCUUACCAAAGAUGAGUCUGCAUUGGGACGCCUUGGUGGCACAGUCAGUUAAGCGUCCGACUUCGUCUCAGGUCAUGAUCUCACAGUUUGUAGGUUUGAGCCCCGCAUCAGGUUCUGUGCUGACAGCUCGGAACCUGGAGCCUGCUACAGAUUCUGUGUCUCCCUCUCUCUCUGCCCCCUCCUCCAAUCAGGCUCUGUCUCUCUCUCUCUCUGUCUCCAAAAUAAAUAAAAAUAAAAAAAAUGUUAAAGGAUGAAUCCACAUCAAUGCAUAUAUAUCACCCAAAGUCCAAAGUGUACUUGAGACUUCACCAUUGGUGUCACAGAACUGUUUCUCCAAUUUAAUUAUAUUAAUGUAAAAAAAAUAUACUCAGGUAUAUAUUACUCAUUUCUUAAGCUUUUGCUGUUUAGUAAAACAAAUUAUAUAUAAGUUAGAUAUCACAAUAUUAUUGUAAAAUUCUGAAUGAAGUGAGUAAUUCCACUUACAUUUCCUACUUAAUUGAUUUCUCCUAGCCCUUAAAAGUCCUCAAAUGAGGAUUGAGCAACCCAGGGUGACAAAGGCAUGAGUCAGAAUUAAGGCAGGAGACAGAAACAAGGGGAAGUUGAGGUAAACAAUUACUAUCUGCUUGGAAGGGAAAGUCUACGAAGAGGAAAGCCUACUAAAAUAAAGAAAAUUACAAAGAAUAUCAUAGAAUUAAAGGACGGAUCACUGAAGCCAGGUCUACUCUCUGAAGAUGGGAUUCAGAUGCCAUUGAAGACGAUGUGGCUACAAACAGCUUCACGGCUGACACGCUCACUGAAAUGGCCUAGGACAGAGCAGCUCCACACUCCACGGCCUGAACCUGGUGAGGAAGGAUCUCAGGCUGUGACUGGCAAACAGGAACAACUCCCUGUUAGAGCAUCAAGAGAAAAGACCAGAAGACAGGAAACUGACAGAUUGGCUCUAAGAACUCGCUGGAGGACGAAUACACAGGACUUCUUGCAAGCAUGCACCUCGCAACAAAGCCAUAGUGGCCAAAGGAGAGAAAAUAUCAUGAAACCAGGAAGAAGAGCCCUUUCUGCUGCACUGUCUCUCCAUUGUCUCUUACCGACAAAAGUCAAUUUUAUGCGAGAUGACCAGAGAGAAAAUGGAUAGGAUCUUACACCGUUAUCUGAGAACAGGGCACUGAGGGUGGAUUUGGAGCUGAGAGUACUAAAUGAACGGCUCCUUGGGAUUAUCAUAGAACAACCACAGAGUUGGUGUAUAAGAGCCAUUCAGAUCGGCCCCACUUCCUCCAAGAAUGGAACCAAAGUGUACUCUCCCAAUCUGUCUUGGUGCCACAUGAUCAAAGGUUACACUCAUUUCAAGGUAGAAAUUCGUUUUUAAUUGGAUAAUAACCAGUGUCUUAUAUGUUGUUUUCUUCACCUGGGUUCAGAUAUUUUGGAAGAUAUUUAGUUUUUUUAAUGUUUUUAUGCACACACUUCUCACAGUCUUUACAACAAUGCAAAAAAAUAAACAAAAUGCUAAAUAAUGGAGAAAACAAAAAAUUAAAAUCUACAGAUAUUUGCAUGGGUCCAACAGCUAGUUAUUGCCAGAAUUCAAGAUAAACUUGAGUAAGUUGAUAAUGACUCAGAGAUAUUUCCAGCCCAAAUCAAUUACAAGAAGGAGAGAGUUUAAACUCGAUUAUUACUUGCAAAAGAAAUUCAUAUUUCAUAUAUACUUUUGUUUGUAGAGAUAGACAUAUUCUUUAUUUUCUCUGUACAUAAUCCUUAUGCUCUUCUAGAAAAAUUAUAUGAACAUUCAACAUGAAUAAUUGUUAAUGGUAGCUGUAACUAAUUACUAAAGUCGUGUUUCAUACAACCCAAGAUUACAAUGACAUUGAAAAUUAAGCAUUUAUUUUUCUUUCACCUGUUUGUGAUUAGGCUAUGAUAGGGUUGAUUGAGGCUGGGCGUGCAUGCACUUGACUGCAGACUACAUACAGAUUCAGCUCAGAUCUCUUUAUAGGUUUCAUUCUUAGAGGACCAAGCUACAUGGCAUAUGAUCUUUUAUACCAGAGGUAACAGCUAGCAGAAAUGGGUUUCUUAUUGCCCGGUCUCUGAAUUCAUAUCACAUUCCCACUCACAUUAUAUUGUGAAAACAAGUGAUCACAUCCUUACAUUAUAUUGUGAAAACAAAUCACAUGGGUCAACUUCUCAUGGUUGUCUGUAGAGUACACUCUUUUCAAAGUGGUCAGAGGGAAGAAAUGUAGAUUCACUGAAAAUAACCUAAUCUAACAUUGUAGCCAUAGGGAUUUUUUAAAUUAUAUUUCAUGAGAUAGAUAAGCUUGUAAAAGAAAAUUACUGGGAAAUAGAUUUAAAAUUUAGUACUCUCUUCCCUUCCCAUCUGGAUUUUUUGCUUCUCUGCCCAAAAUCCUUGUAAAGCAGUUUUGUACAGUGCCAAACAUGGGGGUAUAGAUGCUUUCACCAUGGUCCUUGAUCAAAUAAGGUAUAAGCAGAAUGAAAUACAGUCUAAGGACAUUGGCAGUGAAACUGGUCACUUUAUGUAAUUUCUAAGUGCACACUCUUAGCCCUGGGGCUCAGUUACAGAACUGCUCUGGCUCAGGUUCCUCUGAAGGAAAAUAUGAUAAAAAGAGGAUCUUAUUCAUAGUUACUUGAAGAUUAUUUGAACAGUACUUCUUGGCCCAUAAGUAUUCACUCUCUCUCGGGUAUUUCGGCUUAAGAUCUUGAUGCUUUUGUGCCAUCACCUGUGUUGUGAUAAUCUGAAUUAUAACACUUUCAUAGGCUGUUCUGAGGAACAAAUAAUAAUAAAUAACAUAAUGCCUACAGAUCCUUAAAAUAAAGCCCAAGCACAUGAAGGUCGUGCUGUCUGUGAUCUCUUCAUAUUUUGCUUUUCCCAAUGUUCAAUAAAGGCCAUUUUCCAAUAAAACCAAAGCCAUAUAAUUAUCUUCUUCU